AUGCGUUUUCUUCGUCCUAUAUCCAUUCUUCUUCGUUCUAUAUACGUUUUCUUUGUUAUAUAUGCGUUUUCUUCGUCCUAUAUCCAUUCUUCUUCGUUCUAUAUCCGUUUUCUUUGUUAUAUAUGCGUUUUCUUCGUCCUAUAUCCAUUCUUCUUCGUUCUAUAUCCGUUUUCUUUGUUAUAUAUGCGUUUUCUUCGUCCUAUAUCCAUUCUUCUUCGUUCUAUAUCCGUUUUCUUUGUUAUAUAUGCGUUUUCUUCGUCCUAUAUCCAUUCUUCUUCGUUCUAUAUCCGUUUUCUUUGUUAUAUUUUUCUUCGUCCCAUAUCCAUUCUUCUUCGUUCUAUAUCCGUUUUGUUAUAUAUGCGUUUUCUUCGUCCUAUAUCCAUUCUUCUUCGUUCUAUAUCCGUUUUCUUUGUUAUAUAUGCGUUUUCUUCGUCCUAUAUCCAUUCUUCUUCGUUCUAUAUCCGUUUUCUUUGUUAUAUAUGCGUUUUCUUCGUCCUAUAUCCAUUCUUCUUCGUUCUAUAUCCGUUUUCUUUGUUAUAUAUGCGUUUUCUUCGUCCUAUAUCCAUUCUUCUUCGUUCUAUAUCCGUUUUCUUUGUUAUAUAUGCGUUUUCUUCCUAUAUCCAUUCUUCUUCGUUCUAUAUCCGUUUUCUUUGUUAUAUAUGCGUUUUCUUCGUCCUAUAUCCAUUCUUCUUCGUUCUAUAUCCGUUUUUUUCUUUCUAUGUGUUUUCUUUGUUCUAUAUUCGUUUUCUUCGUUCUAUAUCUGUUUACUUCGUUCUAUAUCCGUCUUCUUCUCUCGAAAUUCGUUUCCUUCGUUCUAUACCCGUUUCCUUCGUUCUAUAUGUACUGUUUAAAAUUAUACAAUAUGAGAAGAAAUAG